CCGUAUGCAAGAUGGCGGCUGCGGGUGGGCGUGGCCAGUGAUGGAGUCUCCGAGUUCGCGGGCAGUAGCAGCGACGAUGGAUCCCACUUGGGAGGAUGAAGAGGAGGAGGAGGAAGAGGAGGAAGAAGAGGAGAUAGAAGAGGAGCAGUUUGUGCUGGUAGAAUUGUCAGGAAUAAUUGAUUCAGACUUUCUCUCCAAGUGUGAAAAUAAAUGCAAGAUUUUGGGAAUUGAUACCGAGAGGCCCAUCCUGCAAGUGGACAGCUACGUGUUUGCUGGGGAGUAUGAAGAUACUCUUGGGACCUGUGUUAUAUUUGAAGAAGGUGUUGAACGUGUGGAUCCGGAAGGGACUGAUAAGACCGUGCUGAAAUACAAAUGCCACACGAUGAAGAAGCUCAGCAUGACAAGGACUCUUCUGACAGAAAAGAAGGAAGGAGAAGAAAACAUAGAUGGCGUAGAAUGGCUACAGAUGAAGGAUAAUAAUUUCGCCUAUAGACCCAACAUGAUUUGCAGCUUUCUUCAGGAGAAUGAAGAUGAAGCUGCAGCGUCCGCUCCUGAUAAACCUGUAGACUUGGAAGACCAAGAGAUUCCAGCAAAAGGCAGUGCAGAGCAGACACAGGAGCAGGAGAGAGCACAGCACUCGGAAGCAGGGGACCCUGGUCCCCCUGGGGAUACCCCUUUUGUUAUGGAAAGUUCUGUUUUCCUGGGAACUCAAGAUGGAAAUGUUUCUCAAAGCAACCAGUCAUGAACUUUAAAAAAAGAGGUCUUGUAUAGAAUUACUGUGCAGCUUGCAGUUGGCUCGCCAUUUUGUUGUCAUUGUUGACAGUGCACAUAUUUCCAGCUACAGCACAACUUAGUGUACUAGCAUCAUGCAGGGUCAGAUAGGAAUUCAAUUUUUAAAAAUAUAGCUGGGCGGUGGUGGCGCACACCUUUAAUCCCAGCAC